AUGAAGUACUUUGUUGUUUUGGCUGUUUUCGCCUUGGCUUUUGCCGCUGAAGAGAAGAAAGAAGACGAUGAUUCAAAGACUUUCAAACGGCUGAUCCCUGCUGAUGUUUUGAGAGAUUUUCCCGGUCUCUGCUUCGCGUCAACUCGUUGCGCGACCGUCGAACCUGGUAACUCCUGGGACCUGGCUCCAUUCUGUGGCCGCAGCAGCUGUGUCAUCAGCGAAGACGAGCCCCCAAGGCUGUUGGAGCUUGUCGAGGACUGUGGACCUCUGCCAUUGGCCAACCCCAAGUGCAAACUUGAUACUGAAAAAACAAACAAGACAGCUCCAUUCCCCGGCUGUUGUCCACAAUUCACCUGCGAGGAUGGCGUCAAAUUGGAGUACCCUGAACUCCCAACUCCUCCCCCAGAAGAAAAGAAGGACGAGAAAAAGAGUGCCUAA